CCCUAUUAGAACCUAAUUCCUUCCCAAAAACCCGUUGCCCACUUCCAUGUCCUUGGACUCUCACAUAGAGAGGGUCCUCUGGACUCCGGACCAAAUCGCCACCCGUGUCUUCGACCUCGCCGCCCAGAUCUCCGCCGAUCUCUCCCCCUUCUCCGAACCCCCUGCCCCUGCCCUCGUAGGCGUCGCCACCGGCGCCUUUCUCUUCCUCGCCGACUUGGCCCGCCAAAUCCCCCUCCCCGUCACCGUCGACUUCAUCCGCGCCGAAUCCUACGGCUCCGGGACCCAGUCCAAUGGCUUCCCCACGAUCUCCUUCGACUUGAAGCUCGACGUCACCGGCCGCCACGUCGUCCUGGUUGAGGACAUUGUGGAUACGGGGACUACAAUCGCGCAUCUGAUUGCGCACAUGGAAUCGAAAGGUGCUUCGUCUGUGUCGGUCUGCACAUUUCUGGAUAAACCAUCGAGACGGAAGGUUGAUUUUCAGCUUCUCAGCAAGGGAAAAUUCUACCGCGGUUUCGAGGUCAAAUCCGUUUCUUCUUCCCCAUUUUUAGUCUUUAGCUGCAUUGAAUCUGUUGCAAACAAAGAUAUAUUACUCUGAAAGCUGUUUAGAGGAACCCCGCGUUUGCGCGAAAAUUGUGUACAUUCUUUAUACAAUCAAUCUUCGAUACAUGAUUUAGAAAAUGCAUUGUAUACAAAUGCGAAUGAAGAGGAAUAGCUAACAAAAAUGCCUUGUGGGGUCGAUCGCCCCUACCCGGCCUUUAUUGGUUCCAGGUCCUAAGCUGGUCAAGGCUGUUAUCAUAGAAAAGUUACAGAAUCAUUACCCAUUUUGGGUAUAUGUAUGUUAUAUGGAGUAAUGUUAUAUGUUGCGACUUGCGAGACUGCUUCCCAUGAGAACUUUACUCGUGUGUGUAGGAUAUUCUCAAAUUAAGUACUUGAAUCCAGACAUGUUUUUCAUCCCUUAAAUCACGUGGCGGUGACUCAGAUGAUCUAUAAUCUAACGGCUGAGAAUUUAUAUAGAGAUGUCAUGGAAUCAUCGUAUUGAUUUUCUAUGUGGAACUCUUAGAAGCUCUGAAUAUGAACUUGAUUUGAAGUAAUGCGUUCUUCGCAAGUGUUGGACUUGU